GGGACAAGGAGAGUGAGACUUAAAGCCUGCAUAAUGACAGCGUAUGUGUCAGUGGUGAGUGUAGGUGCUGUGGUCAURCUUACACUGUUAUGGAUCCUGCUCAUCUACCGCCCUGGAAAAGGAGACAAAGUUACACAGGGAGAACCCAAUGGAUGUCAGUCAGCAGCUCCUCCAUCCCAAGCUGUUGGGUCUAGACUUCUGCACUCUUUCUAUCAGUUCUUUCCCCGUUCUCUCUCUCCCUCUCUCCCUGGCCCUCUCUCUCUCCCUCUGCUGGGCAACAUGCUGGAGCUGGCACACGACCACCUGCCCAGUCACCUGACCUCCCUGGCACGUCGCUAUGGCAACAUCUACCGCCUCAAGUGUGGCAACACCACCAUGGUGGUAUUAAACAGUGGUGACAUCAUCAGAGAAGCCUUGGUGAAGAAAUGGUCUGACUUUGCUGGGAGACCACAUUCUUACACCGUGGUGUCAGGGGGAGGCCGCUCCAUCUCUGGGGACUACAGUGAGAGUGGAUGGAGGGCCCAUCGCCGUCUGGCCCAUAAUGCACUGCAACGCUGCUCCCAGCAGUCGCUCCACAGGGUCAUCCAGAAACAGGCCCUCCACCUGAGACAAGUGCUGCUGGACUAUAACGGCAGAGCURCGSAUCUCUCGGAGGACUUCACUGUAGCAGCCAGUAACGUCAUCACCACACUGGCCUUUGGGAAAGAG